UGAGUGAUGUAGGAUUUCUUGUCAAAAAGAAGAGAAGGAAGGACACUAAUAUAUAAUAAUGAAUGGAGGAUCAAACUUGUUCAAAUUAAAAAGCUAUCCUUAACGUCAGUCAGGGUUGUUAACUACUUAAAAGCACUCUCUCUUUCUCUCCUUAUGGAGUCAGAGAUUUAUAUACAACAAAGGCUCUGAGUUUUCUGAGCACUAUUGUUAAUUUCCUGUUUUUCCAGUUUCUCUUACUUCAUCACAACUUAGCUCGCUCGCUCGCUCUUUCUUCAUUUUUAUAAAUAUAUAUUUAUAUUUAUUCACAAUGCAUUAUUUUCCCAUCUUUCUCCGGCUAUGAAGAUGACUUUGAAACAGUAGUUCUAUAUUUAUCAUCCGUGGAUACUGUCAGAGGAAGAAAUGAAGGCAUGGCCAACCAUCGUCUUAUUUAUAGAACUGAAGAAAACCAAAACGGUAGUAGUAGUGGUACCCUCAGUUGUUACUCUUCCUCUUCUUCUUAUUCUUGUUACUCUUCUUCAAUGCGGAUGGUUUAUGCAGAUAUGGGAUCUCUCUCUCUCAGUCCCAACUUGGGUGUAGUUUCUUCUGCUUCUUCCCAAGAUAGCUAUAGUAUGUCGAAGUGUUCUGAAGUGGAAAAUGGAAGAGCUUUUUGGGGGUUCCCUUUGAUGGAGGGUAGCAAGGGAUGUGAUAUUAGUAAUAGAAUCAACUUAGAGGAUGAAAAUCUCAGUGAGAAUGUGGUUAUUAGUACUGGGAAGGAGGCUGAUAAUGGGCAGUCAAAACUCUGUACCAGAGGCCAUUGGAGACCUGCUGAGGAUGCCAAGCUUAAGGAGCUUGUUGCUCUUUAUGGCCCUCAGAACUGGAAUCUUAUAGCAGAGAAGUUAGAAGGAAGAUCAGGUAAGAGUUGCAGGCUAAGAUGGUUUAACCAGUUGGAUCCAAGGAUUAAUAGAAGAGCAUUUACUGAGGAAGAAGAGGAAAGACUAAUGCAAGCUCAUAGAAUCUAUGGCAACAAGUGGGCCAUGAUAGCCAGGCUUUUUCCUGGAAGAACUGAUAAUGCAGUGAAAAACCAUUGGCAUGUGAUAAUGGCAAGGAAGUAUAGAGAACAAUCCAGUGCAUACAGGAGGAGGAAGCUGAGCCAAAGUAUUUACAGAAGAAUAGAGGAGAAUUCCAACUUUGUUGUCUGUGGAGAAACAGUCCCGAGAUCAGAACAACCAUUACCUUACUGCAGUCUUAAUAAUCUCUCCAAUGGGGGUCUUGGGAAUGUGUCUGCUUAUCCUUUUGGAGCUUUUCAUGGUAAUAAUGUUAGUAGUGGUGGUGGUGGUGGGGUUUCUUAUGGCCUGACUUGCUCACCUCAAAUGACCAAUUGUGGAGAAGCAAUAAUAUCCACCACAAAUGUCCAUUCUGCUAAUGGUGGAUUCUGUGCCCAAGAGACUCCUUUUGAAUUCUUCCCUGGCGCCAAACACAGAACUUGGGAGCAUAUAAGGCCUACGAUUGAUGAAACACAAUCUCGAACUGGUGGCCUCCGUCAUAACUCAAGCUACUAUCAAAACUUUAACGAGAGCUUCUCCAACUCAACAGCUUCAACUUCGCAAGUCUCAGCUGGUGAUCAACCUUCAUCCUCAGGCGCCGUUGAGCAAAACGCUACCAGCCAUUUUGGGAAGAUUAGCAUUAGUCCACCACCGUUCAUAGAUUUUCUUGGGGUAGGAGCCACAUGACAGUAUCCCAACUUAGAAACCCAGAAAAAAAUAAAGAAAAAAGACCUGAGAAAAAGUGUUCAACUUCCACAUAUUAAUCAUCAGAAAGGGCCUCAAUGUGGUUGUGGUCCAAACAAAACUAAGGAACCAUUAGGGGCAAAGAGAGUGUUUGUUAUGUUUUAGUUUUUCCAGGACAAAAAAAAAAUCUUCAACAACAACCUACCUUUCACCUAUCAUGACUCCCCCUCUUGCAAUCUUUUUCUUGUAAGUUCCCAUAUCACAUGAGACUCUUUCCAAAAAGGUCAACAAAUAAAUUAAUUAGAUUUAUAGUGUAUUAUAUGUUUUAUUUUCAAUAUAAUAUUUAAGCAAAAGGGAUGUUAC